AUGGCCGAUGAACCCGCGGCUCAGUUCUGCAGCGACAGCGAGGACUUGUUCGGGGACUACGACAGUCUCCUGGAGGACAGCUCUCUACUCGCCAGGCUGGACGUCGCAGAGCAAAUCGAAAGGCAGCGGUCGGCCGCCGGGCCGCCGACCUCAGGCUUCACCUCCCUGCGGCCGCCGGACGACGCCGCGCACCAACCGCCGAGUGAAGACGUCCUCACGGACUCCAUCUUGGACGUCCUGGGAGACGAACCCUUUGGGGACUCACCGCAGCACGACUUACCGGCGAGCCAGCGUCAGUUUCACCAACGCAGACCGCACGACGGAGACCAUAAAACCUCCACGCCGCUCAGACGCCUGGGGGCCGAAAGACACCCGGCCAAAAGACGCCCGGCUGAAAGACACCCGGCUGAAAGACACCCGGCUGAAAGACACCCGGCUGAAAGACACCCAGAGGCUGAAAGACGCCCGGAGGCUGAAAGACGCCCGGAGGCUGAAAGACACCCGGCUGAAAGACACCCGGCUGAAAGACACCCAGAGGCUGAAAGACGCCCGGAGGCUGAAAGACGCCCGGAGGCUGAAAGACACCCGGCUGAAAGACACCCGGCUGAAAGACACCCGGCUGAAAGACACCCGGCUGAAAGAUGCCCGGAGGCUGAAAGAUGCCCAGAGGCUGAAAGAUGCCCAGAGGCUGAAAGAUGCCCAGAGGCUGAAAGACGCCCGGAGGCUGAAAGACGCCCGGAGGCCGAAAGACACCCAGAGGCCGGAGGACACCCUGAGGCUGAAAGGCACCCGGAGGCUGGAGGACACCCGGAGGCUGGAGGACACCCGGAGGCUGGAGGACACCCGGAGGACAACAGGCGGAGGCAGACCAAGACGAGGAGGAGCAUGGCGGAGCAGCUGAAGAGGACGAUGCUCUGCAACGCAGCCGCUCCGUCCUCCGUCUCACGCACCGCCGAGAGGAAGGACGCCGUGGUCUCCGAGGAGAUCAGCAUCGCCAUGCAAGCCAUGGAGACGCUGUCCGCCGAGACCACGGACCUCGGGCCGUUCUUCGGACUCCCCACUAGAGUCAAAGACCUGAUCUUCAACCUGAGAGGAAUCGAGAAGUUAUACGACUGGCAGGAGACGUGUCUGAACCUGGACUGUGUCCAGCGGAGGGACAACCUGAUCUACUCCCUCCCCACCAGCGGGGGGAAGACCCUGGUAGCCGAGAUCCUGGUCCUCAGGGAGCUGCUGUGCAGGAAGAAGGACUGUCUGCUCAUCCUGCCGUACGUGUCCCUGGUGCAGGAGAAGGUACCGAGGAGGGACGUGGGAAGGCAAAAUGGGACGCUGCUGUCUUU